UGUCAGAGAGGAAAAUGGCGGCGCCCUGUCUGGGAAUGGUUGUCCGUUCAAUGUGGCAGUUCAGAAACAUCAACAGGGCGUCUACAACAUUGCUAAAGGGUAUCCGACAUUUCUCAGGCAGUGGGGAGUGCAGUUGUGCCGUUAAACUUAAAUAUGAAACGCACAAACCCGCUUCUCAGUGGAAACUCUACGGCGCUGUGUGUCUGCAGAGACUACCCGUGGUCUCUCAAGAUCCGAAUCCCAUCGAACAGAAAUUUCUAGAUCUCAUGCAACAGAUGGAACUGGAGCGGAGCUGCCUCUCUGACCACGAGCUGCGACUGCUGGAGGAUGCCGAGCGCAUGAGCCGCAAGCAGGAGGAAGACUACGACUCGGACGACGAGGACCUCGUCAACCAGGAGAUUGUCACGGCGCAGGACGACGAGGAUGCCUGGGAGCAGAAGCUGAAACGCUUCCAGCCCGCAGGAAGGGCCAAUGGUGCGUCUCCUCACAUCUUUAAUAAUCACACACCAACAGGGGCGGCCGGUGAGGACCCCAGCUCACUGGAUCGUUGCCUGAGCGACAGCCUGGUGCUGCUGGUCCAGCAGGAGGUGGGCAAGGAGAAAGUGUGGCUACUGCCCCAGCUGCAGUGGACCACAGGGGAGACGCUCCGACAGACCGCAGAGAGGGCCUUAGCCAGCCUGCCAGGUACUGAUUUAAAGGCAAGGUUCCUGGGCAACAGUCCAUGCGGGGUAUACAAGUUUAAAUUCCCCAAAGGCGUUCAAACAGAGAGCUGCGUCGGAGCCAAAGUCUUUUUCUUCAAAGCCCUGCUUUCAAGUGGCACCAAUCCCACAUCUGAGAAGGGUGCCUUUGUGUGGGUGAAAAAGAGCGAACUGAAGGGGUAUCUAAAGCCAGACUACCUGAGACAAGCAGACCGCUUCAUCCUGGGCCUGUGAGAAGCCUGGCCAGACAGCGGUCACCACGACAACAGGACGAGUGUCUCAUAGCAAAGAGCCAAAACAGGAGGAGCACUUUGAAGCAUCUAUGAUGGAAGUGAGUCCUGACUGCUCUACCACUCAUUGAAUAACUCAAAAGAAGAACGUUUAAAACAGACAUCCAUUUUGUAUAUGCUCUGUAUAAAAAAAAAAAAGACAUCUGAAUCAUCUUAAAUCUGAUUAAUAGCCUGUUCUAGAAAAGUUCCAGUUGGAGAGAUGGCCAUGAAAGAGUGUCAAACUAGAGAACGUAGGAGUUAGACGGCUUGACUCUAACCUCAUGAGGGAUAAGUUAUAACCGGUGAUUCAUAUGAUGGUAUAAAAUGAAGCAGUUCUUUUUUUAUUACUAUAAAAUGUGAAAUAAAAGUAUACCCUGUUUA